CAUCUCACCGUUCUCACAUCCCAUCAGCACCAACACCGCAACCUCGCUCUUUUGCUCUUCGUCGUCGCCUGGCAUCACACGUCCCCUUUUUGCGCUUAAAGCAUCCGAUCGGAUCGCAGCCGUGGCUCUGCGCUCUGUGUGUCCCAGGUGUUUUUUUGCAAUCUCUGUCGUUGCCGGCUCAGCCUGGUUGCUUGCUUUGCUCCCUCACCCUUGGGCGGUCCCGAACUAGAAUCGCCUCACUUGUCACAUCGCCGGUGUACACAUCGCUUCACUGACGCGCCAAGUCCUCCUGCUCUUACAGCGCCUGCCUGCGAUCCUUCUCGCUGACUGGUGGCGUGCGGCUUCGUCACAUAUCUUCUCGCUGCUCUUGUCAGCAAAAAAGGCCGAUGCUGCAGUCAUAGCGGGCGCGUUAAGGCGUAGGCUCAAUAUACCACCUCAAGCAUCAUCAUUUUGUGCCCAUCAAGGGUGGCAUGCGUCUUCUCAUCUUCUUUUCCCUUCAUUCACACUUUCUAGCUGCCACAGACCCCACGUACCGCAUUCUGACAGAUGAGUGCGACACCACCACAACCGCCAGAGCAGAUUCGCGGUGAGACACUGACACCUGUCUCGCCAAAGCCCUUGCACUAUCCUUCGCCUGCCAAUGUGCCUAUACUGGAAGCGUCCAUGGAUCCUGCCUUCAGUGACACUGUGACGCAGUCUCUGCACCACCAGCAACAGCCUCAGCCUGUCCAAGAUCAAGAUUCCGCCCACCAAUCCGUGUCGACCGUCAAUCCUGCCAUUGCGAACAAUGCCUAUUCCUGCAACACCGACCGCAAUGCAUCGGCCGAGAACCCACACGUGUCGAAUGGCGUUUCAGCUGAGAGCUCAGCGCCUUCAAGCCUCGACAUCUUGUAUGAUGGCGUGUCAAACCCAGCACAUGGCGCCCAGCAGAUUACACUUCCAGGUACAGAUAUCCUUCCUCCCGCGCCAGAGCCCCGUGAGAGCCACAACCAGGAUUCUCCUCCGUCCGCCGUAGUCGCCUCCACUUCUCCUAAUGUUCAAGAUGUUAGCAUUGACGUUACCACUUCGACAGUCGCAGAGGCCCAGCCUGCCGCACCGCUGCCAGACGCAGCUCCUACCUCCACUGCCGACAGCGUUCAUCCUCCGAAACCCAUUGACACACCGAACGACGCUGAGCGCAGCGUAGACUACUCCGCUAUCCUUGCCAAUUUGUCGAGCGUGAUUGCGAGCGCAACUCCCGCCGGUGAGAGCUCCAGUGCGACUCCCGCGCCUGCUCAGUCUCUGAACGCUGUGACUUCGCCUUCAUCUACUGCUCUACCAAGUAAUCCAAACCUGCCGCCCAAGCCUCCCGCGCAGGACCAGCCCCACAUUCAUUCUAGCUAUGUGGCCGGUGAUGAUCUUCGCAAUUACCACCCGCACCAGCAAGAGAACAUUGAUGCCGGGAACACUAGUGCUUCUGCAGCCGCCGCGACUUUCCCAAACGCAGCGGCGAAUCUGCCACAUCAGAACUCGAACGGAUUACCACCAGCUCCUUCUCAUGCUUACCAGGCUCCGUCCUCCACCUCGCUUCCCGCAUCAACGCCCGCUGCGUCGGCGCAGAGCCAGCAAGGUCAGACGUCAAAGACCGAUGAAGAUGGCCCCUUUGAUACUCAAACGCAGCAAAAAUAUGACCAAUUCAUUGCAUUUGAGCGACAAAAUGUACACGAUGGGCAGUGGGACAAGUUCCCCUUGGGCUCACGUCUCUUCAUCGGCAAUCUGUCGACGGAGAAGGUGCACAAAAAGGAUGUAUUUCGCAAGUUUCAUAAGUACGGGCAGUUAGCGCAGAUCUCGCUCAAGCAGGCGUACGGCUUUGUGCAGUUCAUGGACGCGGCCACAUGCAGUAAGGCGCUUGCGAGUGAGCAAGGACAGAAGCUAUGCGGCAGAGAGAUGCACCUGGAGAUCUCCAAACCGACUAAGAACAAUAGACAGGACAGAAAUCGACGGCGUUCGCGGUCGCCAGAUUAUGGGCGAGGGGGUAGGGCUGAUAGAUAUCCAGGCUCGCCAAGGGAUAGAGAUAAUCGACGCUCUAGGGAUGAGUGGAGGCGCUCACCAUCGCCUAGAAGAUAUGCCGGGAGAACGGAUCGGUAUGAUGAUCGUAGGAGAAGGUCUCCAUCGCCGUAUACACCUACAGGAAGCCAAUACGGCGCGCCGCAUCGUGAGGAGAUUGACCUGCCUUGGAGAGCACUGGGUCAAGUCCCGGAUAUUCAGAUCCUAGUAGUCGAUGAUCUGGACCAGGACUUUAUUCGAUGGGUGGACACUUCUAUGAAGUCUCGUGGUGUUACUGUAGAUGUGCUAAUGCUUAACCCACGUUGGCCCGAAGAGGCUGUCAUUCGACACAAAGUAAUGGAAGGCGUGUUAGCUAUUGUCCAUUUGACGCGCGCGGAUCGGGCAAGGAAUACAGUAUCGAUGCAACUUUUCAAGAGGUCUGGUGGCAACACCAGUGUCUCGUUCGACAGAUAUGUGGACCUUUCUCCGUAUAUAGCAGCUGAUCUAGUCCUCCGUGCAAAGUUCGAACAGUCACAAGCAGCGCAGCUGCCUCCACCGCCUCAACAGCAAGCGUAUCCCCCACCUCCGCAGCAACACAAUGCACCGCCAGCUCAAUACGGCUACCAGCCACAACCUCUUCCGCCCCCUCCGGUUCCACAGCAACAGCAAUACUCCAACCCUACGGACCUUACUCGCAUCAUCUCAUCACUCCCCUCUUCAGGCUCCAAUGGCCCUCCUCCAAACGUUGAUGUCAACAGCAUUAUGUCCAGCCUUGCCAACGCACCACCUGGUCAGACGCCCGGCGCAACUGGUCUCACACCUGACGUAGCACGCUUGCUGGGCCAGAUGGGUCAUCCCCCUCCUUUGCCUCAAGCUCCACCUUCGGGAGCCUAUGCGGCCCCCCCGCCUCCCCAGCAACAGCAAGCGGCACAUCCAGCACCGAGCUCUUAUCACCCGACACCCGCCCCUACACCAGGGUCGAAUGCAAGUACUCAGCCGGCACCAUCUUCUGGUAUUGCACCGCCAAUGAGUCAGACAAAUACAGAUAUUCAGCAGCUGUUGGCAAAUUUAACGAACUACAAGCCACCUUCUUGAACAAGGUUACUUCAAGCUUCUUAGAAUAGUAUUGCUAUCAAUUUUACUGUUGCUAGGUCUGCAAAUUCGUGGCCUUAGGAUGUACGUUUAGCACGACUAGCGAAAGAUCUCAGUUUUCCUCUUGUAUCAUGAUCGCCACGAUCUGAUUGUGUUCGCUGCAUGACAUUUUUUUGCUAUGGCGGCAGCAGAAGAUGUGUUGCAGUAUUCUAUCUGCCCGCGAACAACAAAUCAGAGCCCGUCAUCUCUGAGUACAAUUGGGGGGGAAGAUAUCACAGCUUCAUUGCGGCGUGAGACGUCGCACAAUGUGUGACUGCCAUUAUCAGACUUAUGAUACACUUCUGACGAAAAAAUUAAGGACUGAAAACAUGUACAUCUUCCAAAGCACCUGCUUGCGUACUUUUAUAAUAAAAGCGCUGGAACUCAAAAGCUAGAAUGAAGCCAAGCCUUUUUUUCGUAAUGCCAUCUGCUUGGGUAUUUCUGACAUAGGGACCUUAGACGAGACUCCUCAAGACAAGCGCUUGAGGUGUUAAUGUGCCAGCUUAGCGACUUUGAAGUUGGGAAUUUGAUUUUCAAACCUUU